AGGCUGUUCUCCCGUCUCCGUCGCCUCGUCGCCAGUGAAGGACACGCCGCUGGGGCUCCGGCCUCGGGUUCAUUGAGAAAAAGAAGCAGCCCUGCGCGCGAGCGGCCAGGAAGGCAGGUCGCUGCCAGCCCCCAAACCUUUACCGGAGUGUUUUCGGCAGGGGCUUGGCUUGGGGCUUUCUUUUGCUUUUAGCCUCUUCAUGGCUCGGAAGUUGGGCUGAAACGCGUCGGGAAGCAGGAGGAAAGUUUGCGGCCAGGCUGGAUUUCUUUCCUCUCGCUGGAGAGAGAGCGUGCAGGGGCGAAAGAGAGGAGUUGGUGGAAAGCUGCGAUCACGGAGUUCAGAUGUGUUCUAAGCCUGCUGGAGUGACUACACUUCCAAACCCUGAUGGAGGCCAGAGUUCAGAGUGGCAGUGGGUCACAGCCUUUGCUGCAGGCAGCCCAUGAUGGUGGCAGGCAGCUCAGGGAGCCUGACCCCAGAGAUGCCCUCACGCAGCAGGUGCAUGUGUUGUCUCUGGAUCAGAUCAGAGCCAUCCGAAACACCAAUGAGUACACGGAGGGGCCUACUGUGGUCCCAAGACCCGGGCUCAAACUUGCUCCUCGAUCUUCCGCCCAGCACAAACAUGAGCGCCUUCAUGGUCUGCCUGAGCACCGCCAGCCUGCCAGGCUGCAGCACCUGCAAGUCCACGCUUCUGCAAGGGCCUCUCUGACCAGAUCCAUCAGCACGGUCAGCUCAGGGUCGAGGAGCAGUGCGAGGACGAGUACCAGCAGCAAUUCCUCUGAACAAAGACUGUUAGGAUCAUCUUUUUCCUCAGGGCCCAUUGCUGAUGGAAUAAUCCGGGUGCAGCCUAAAUCUGAGCUCAAGCCAGGUGAGCUUAAGCCACUGAACAAGGAAGAUUUGGGCUUGCACGCCUACAGAUGUGAGGACUGUGGCAAGUGCAAGUGUAAGGAGUGCACCUACCCGAGGCCUCUGCCUUCAGACUGGAUCUGUGACAAGCAGUGCCUUUGCUCAGCCCAGAACGUGAUUGACUAUGGGACUUGUGUAUGCUGUGUGAAAGGUCUCUUCUAUCACUGUUCUAAUGAUGAUGAGGACAACUGUGCUGACAACCCAUGUUCUUGCAGCCAGUCUCACUGUUGUACACGGUGGUCAGCAAUGGGUAUCAUGUCCCUGUUUUUGCCUUGCUUAUGGUGUUAUCUUCCAGCCAAGGGUUGCCUUAAAUUGUGCCAGGGAUGUUAUGACCGUGUUAACAGGCCUGGUUGCCGUUGUAAAAACUCAAACACAGUUUGCUGCAAAGUUCCCACUGUCCCACCAAGGAACUUUGAAAAACCAACAUAGCAUCAUUAACCAGGAAUACUGCAGUAAUAAGGAUUGUUCUUUUUUCCUUUUUUUUUUUUUCUUUUUAACACACAUGCAGCCAACUAAAAAGUUAUUAUCUUGGCACUGUUACUAGAGGUUGUGAUAUUCUUUGCUGUUUUCAGUGAAAUGCUUUGUGCGUGUAUGGA